AUGAUGACGCCUAUGCGUUAUGUGAUUCUGGUGUUGGCCAUCAUUAUUAGUCUUCACUUUAUCCUCAGCUUCUCGCGCGAAGACUAUGGUAAUGCAACAUCAUUGUCACGGCUCACCGGAGGGUUCAAGUCGUCCCAUCCUCCAUAUGAAGACUCUAUCCCCGAGGACUACUACUUUAGCUCAAAUAGCUCCAUGGCGAGGGCCAACGCUACAUUCGUUCUCCUGGCGCGCAACAGUGAUUUGCCAGGAAUUGUCACCAGCAUGAAGCAGAUGGAGGAUCGGUUUAACAAGAAGUUCAAGUACCCGUAUGUGUUCUUGAACGAAAAACCUUUCGACGAUGAGUUCAAGGAACGGGUACAAGUCUUGACUGAUGCCAAAGUCGAGUUUGGGUUGAUACCUUCAGAUCAUUGGGUUCAGCCAAGUUGGAUAGACGAGGAAAGGGCUUCCGCUGCUCGUGAUGAGAUGGUCAAGAACCAAGUCAUCUACGGAGGGAGUGUUACCUAUCGUAAUAUGUGCCGCUUCAAUUCUGGCUUCUUCUUCCGACAUGAGCUACUGGACAAGUACCGCUACUAUUGGCGCAUCGAACCAGACGUCACUUACUUCUGCGAUGUCGACUACGAUCCGUUCCUACUCAUGCAAGACCAGAGGAAAGUUUAUGGUUUCACAGUUUCGCUGUAUGAAUAUCCCGCAACGAUCCCCACGUUAUGGAACGCUGUCAAGGAGUUCACCAACGGCAAUCCGGACCUCGUGGCUCCCGAUAAUGCUAUGAGCUUCCUCUCCGACGAUGGUGGUGAAACCUACAACAAUUGCCAUUUCUGGAGUAACUUCGAGAUUGGUGAUCUUGAUUUCUGGCGCAGUGAAACGUACAAGAAGUUCUUCGACUUCUUGGACGAGAAGGGUGGUUUCUACUACGAGCGCUGGGGAGAUGCUCCAGUCCACAGUAUCGCCGCUGCCCUGUUUGCACGCAAAGAUCAGGUCCAUUUCUUCAACGACAUAGGUUACCGCCACAAUCCAUUCCAGCACUGUCCUCAAGGUGAGCUGCACAAGAAAGGAAAAUGCUGGUGCAACCCGAAGGAGAACUUCGAUUAUGAGUGGUAUAGCUGCUUGAGGCGAUACGAUGCACUGUUCUGA